GGUAUUUAUAGCAGUAACUGGAUCUCUUCUCACCAUGAACGCUGCUCUAUAGCACAGCCGUGUGGCCCUGCACAGACAGCUUAGGCCCCUCCCUCUUACUUACACAUAGGAAGUGAAAUGCGGGACUGAAACUGAGGAGCUAAGAAAGACUUCACAGCUGGAGCUUUUACGUCUCUUUGUGGUUCACAGAAACCUCCAGCGGUGCUAAAAAAAGGACUGCUGGGUAAUGGCUUGUCUCAGGGUUCUUCUCACUCUCAUUGCCUUUCUCCUGCUGGGUCAUCACACAAAUGCUAAGAACGACGCUCCCUGCCAGCUCUCAAAAUGGAAUAACGGCUUCAACAACUUUGUCAAGCGCCACAUCCGCUCUGGGACUCCUAACUCUCUCAAUCAGAAUGAAUGGGAGACGUACAUCAAGAACAACGGGGGCUGUGACAGACCCACACAGUCCUUCCUCCAUCCAGACGAACUGGAAAAGGUUAAGGCAGUCUGCACCAACAAAGGUGGGAAGGUGUACAAGGAUAACCUGUGCAUCAGCGAUCAGCUCUUCACUUUCGUCACAGUGAGGAGUGAGCCGGGGACCUGCGGGAUCAGGAGCGUCCGUCGGGAAACUAAACAUCUGAUCCUGGCCUGUGAGGUGCUGGAAAACCAGUGUGUGCCCGUCCAUUUUGAGGGAAACUCAAGAGAUUCAAAGCCAAGUAACAACGCCAGAGGCUGCCAGGACCCACAGACUCAAGGUCACGCUCCCAGCUUUAAAAUGACGUGGCUCUGGUUGUUGUCUGUUCUUCUUGUUAUUAUUUAUGGCUAUUAACAUUUUUUUUUAAUUUGAGGAACUGGAUGAGACUGUUUUUAUCAGUGGACAUUUUGCUCUUUGGAGUCAAAGCCAAAGCCAUUUCAAGAAUUUUUUCGCUUUAAAACUAUUCAAUCUUAAACAUCACUACUAUAUCAACCACUUUUUAAAAAAAAAAAAAAGUAUUUUAAAUAUUUUUAAAAAUAUUUUUCUAUUUCCUACUAUAAUAUGCUUGUGUAUAUCUGUGACUUUGCUUUUAAUGGUUGUGAAUGCAUCUUUGAGAUUUAGAGCAGGGAUUAGUGCAUGGCAUCUCAUUUCAUUUUCAUUUACAUUUAGUUUGGACAUUUAUUGCACAGAUGUGUUCAAAUCGUUGACUUGCAAACAUUUUACAUUUAAAAUAAAGGAAUAAAAAAGUGAUUAAAUUGCAUUCAUCAUUUAUGAGUGACUAAACAGAAUU